CGGCACACUGCCGGACAUACUGUCAGACAGCAAUGUAAUGAAAGCGGUUGAACUGCGGGCUGUGAUCAGUGAGGACAUAGUGAGACCGACCAGCGCCAAACCCUUCAUCCAUCAUUUGAACAAACUGCAUGAGUACACGCUGCAGUUAUGUAGCACCAGAGGAUACCAGCGGAAAUUCCGCAGGAUGGUGGAGCAGGCGCUGUUUGAUGAGGAGAUCUAUAAGACCCUCCAAGAAGCCCGAGUCCUGAACUGGUGCAGGGAGGUCAGAAAGCAAUUUCCACUCAAGGUUCCUGGAGAAGGGAAUAGUCUCCUACACUCUAUCUCACUGUACAUGUGGGGUGUUCAAGACACAGACCUUGUCCUGCAGAAAACCUUCCAUGAGGCAUUGGUGAAAGCACAUGAUGCAAAUUUCAAAUUAAGAUUUCAGACAGAAUACAGAACAGACCAGGGAUUUCUCGACCCAGCUCUGCUGCAUCAGCCUAAGAUCUGGGAUCAAGAAUGGCAGAAUGUGAUUGAAUCUUCCAAUCCUGGGUCUCCUGCAGGCCAUCCUUUGGCAAACAUUUAUCAGGAUGUCCACAUCUUUGUGUUAGCCAACAUUGUCAGGAGACCUAUAGUUGUUGUUGUAGGAAACUCAAAAGGAAGUUCCAAAAGUGUUUCAGAGAGGAUGACAUCGAGUCCAGCUGGGAUUUAUCUGCCUUUGCACUGGCCUCCUCAUCUCUGCUACUCUUACCCCAUUUUGCUCAGCUAUGCACACCAAUAUUUCACACCACUCAUCAGUGUCAAUGACGUAGGACCAGAAAUCAAUGCUUUUCCCCUGGCCGUUCCGAGUGAGCAGGGGAGUGUGGAGUUACCGAUUCGCUUUCUACUUGAUGCUGAAAAAUGUGACCGGAAGCAAGUACUGAGCAGUUAUCUGCUUGUGGUUCCUCUCCCAGAUUGUCACGGUGGGACAUUUGUAGAUGCAGUUCGGUUGUAUAUAAAUCCUUUGCCUGACGAUCUUAACUUGGUUCAAGAUUAUUUCCAGCUGGUUAAUCACCAAUACAAAUUCUGGCAGCAAAAUACAGACAAAGAAAGGAGUGGGAGAAAUGAAGAUGGGCUUGCUUUCCUAGCUAAUCUGUCUAUUGUAGGAGACAAAUGUUUGACUCCUGGAUGCACGUACUUUUGCUCAAAAUUCACAAAGCCAUUCUGUCACACAUGUCGUGAUGCCUUCCGAAAAACAGAUGUGCCUUCAGGGGCCAACAAUUGUAAACAAAGUGAUGGCCAAGGAGACAAUGUGAAGGAGUUAGAGUCCAAAGGUACAACACUCCAUGGAUUGAAAGACAUCAGGAAAACCCCAUCAACUCCCCCCCAACCAGCACCACCAUUGUCAGCGCACAGUUCUUUCUGCAGUGAGAACAAUGCCCUCAAGUGCAAAACAUCUCAUUGUCCAUUCACUGGGAAUGUGACAAUGAAUGGACUUUGUCCAAGUUGCUUCCAAGAAAGAAGUGGCCACAUUCCAGAGGAAGGCAGUAAUUCUUCUCCAAAAGCUGCAGGUGAAUUUGUGGAGGAGGAGAUGGAUUUGUGGGGAGAAAGAUGCAACAGUUGCAAGCAAGUGAUAAGAACAUUCAAUGGUUUAUGUUUCUCUUGCUCAGAGAUGAGGGAUUCACUCUCAAAAUCACAGAGCAGAACCAAGCAAACACCUUCGGGGUCACUGCAAGCUGCCAUGGCCAAGAUUGGUAACUAUGGACCACUUGUUCCCCAGGGGCAGAGACAGCUGUUUAGUCAGCUGGGUGAAUCAGCAAAGUGCAAAAAUCAAAACUGCCAGUACUUUGGGACUGAAGAGCAGAAUGGAUUCUGUACCACGUGUUUCUUUAGAUACGUGGAAGAAAUUGAAGCAUCUGCUCAGCAGGAUCCAAACCAGCACGUUAAUCAUUCUCCAACUGCUCCUAAUGGGAACCUUGCUCAGAUUUCAUCCCACCUUAAAAACAUGUCAGUUUGUUGUAAAGCUGAGUGUAGCAUGCUUGCCAAUCCAGUGUAUAGCGGAUAUUGUGAAAAAUGCUAUGUUUAUGCUCAGAGUAAACAUGCACAAAGAAUCAAAUCUGGCAGGGAUAUUCCUGCAGAUCAACACAUUUGGAGUCCUGUGCUGCCAAGAUGUCACAAUUAUAAUGCAUCAAAUGAUCAGGGAUUGUCUGACAGAACGACCAAUGAACUCUUUGAGGUGGAGUUAGUGACAAGCAGCAACAGCAGCAGUGGUCAUUUGCAAUCUUCACAGAUUCGUACUUUCUCAUCAUCAGAUCAACAGAACUUGGAGACAAGGAGAAAGCUUUGUAGAACUCAAGACUGUGAGAACUUCGGGAAUGCAAAAUGUGAUGGCUACUGUAAUGCUUGUUUCACCACCUUACAGAUGCACAGAAAGUAGAUAUUCUGGGGCAACAGACAGGGGGCACCAGUCGAUUUCACCCUCUCCCCAGUUGUUCAUUACCAACUUGUAAUGCAGUUCAGUCACAUUUGAGUAUCGAGCAAAAGACUAAUUUUUUUUCAGCAAAAACAAAGUUGGAAAAAUAAUUUGUAAUUUAGUUAAAAUUAAAGCACAUGGGACUGAGGGCAGUGUACUGACAUGGAUAGGGAGCUCGUUGGCAGACAGGAAGCAAAGAGUAGGAAUAAACGGGUCAUUUUUCUGAGUGGCAGCCAGUGACUAUUGGAGUUCAUACGGACAGGGUAUUGAGGACAAGAGUUGGCAGGUCAUGCUACAGUUAUAUAGGACUUUGGUUCGGCCACAUUUGGAAUACUGUGUACAGUUCUGGUCAUCACAUUACCAAAAGGAUGUAGAUGCUUUGAAGAGAGUGCAGAGGUUCACCAGGAUGUUGUCUGGUAUGGAGGAUGCUAGCUAUGUAGAGAUGUUGAGUAGAUUAGGAUUAUUUUCUUUAGAAAGAUGAAGGUGGAGGGCGGACCCGAUUGAGGUCAACAAAAUCAUGAGAGGUGUAUACAGGGUGGAUAACAAGAAACUUUUUCCCAGAAUGGGGGAUUCAAUUACUAGGGGUCAUGAGUUCAAAGUGAGAGAAAAAAGUUUAGGGGAGAUAUGCGUGGAUAGUUCUUCACACACUGGGUGGUGAGUGCCUGGAAUGCAUUGCCAGCUGCAGUGGUAGAGGCGGCCAUGAUAUCGUCAUUUAAGAUGUAUCUAGACAGAUACAUGGAACAGAAGAAUACAGAUCCUUUGAAAAUAGGCUACAGGUUUAUGCAGAGGUUCUGGAUUGGUGCAGGCUUGAAGGGCCAAAGGGCCUGUUCCUGAGCUGUAAUUUUCUUUGAUCUUUGUUCUACCGCAGGGAUCGGUGCUUGAACCCAGCUAUUCACAAACUAUAUAUUAAUUAUUUUGAUGAGAGAGUUAAAUGUUACAUCUCAAAGUUUGCAGACAACACACAGCUGGGUGGACGGGUGUAUUGUGAGAAGGAUGCAAAGAUGCUUCAGUUUGAUUUGGACAAGUUGUGAGUUGGGUAAAUAUGUAACAGAUUAAAUAUAAUGCAGAUGAAUGUAAGGUUAUCUACUUAGUCAUAAAAACAGGAAAGCAGAUUAUAAUCUGAAUGCUAAUAGAUUGGGAAAGGGGGAGGGUCAAUGUGACCCAAAUGUCCUUUAGUGCCAGUCGCUGAAGGUAAGCAUGCAAGUGCAGUCGGUAUAAAAGAAGACACAUGGUUUGUUGGCCUUCAAUUGACAAUUGUCAAUUGUCAGGAAAACCCAUCUAGUUCACUCAUGCCCUUUAGGGAAGGAAACUGCCGUCCUUACCUGGUCUGGUCCAUAUGUGACUCCACACCCACAGCAAUGUGAUUAACUCUUAACUGUUCUCUAGGCAAUUAGGGACGGACAAUAAGUGCUUGCUUAGCCAGCAAUACUCUCAUCCUGUGAAUGAAUGUGAAAAGGUUUCAUGAUAUUUGCAAGUAUGGAUAAAUAUUACAUAAAACUAGAUUCUGGUCUUU